AUGGGUAAUAAACAAAACAAAACCAAUUCAACUGAAUUAACACCAAAACAUAUUAGUUUACUUAAAGCGAAUACAAAAUAUUCGGAAAAAGAAAUCCGCGAAUGGCAUGCAGGAUUCCUUCGUGAUUGUCCAAGCGGUAAACUUGACAAGAAGAAAUUUGUUGAAGUUUACAAACAAUUCUAUCCUAAUGGAAAGGCCGAUAACUUUUGCAAAUUUGCUUUCGAUACAUUUGACGCCAAUAAUGAUGGUUCAAUAGAUUUCGAAGAGUUUCUCUUAGCCAUCUCUGCUACAAGUCAAGGUGAUAUUGAUGAUCGUCUUGCCGUUGCUUUUGACAUGUACGAUAUUUCCGAUGAUGGUCAAAUCGACCAAAAGGAACUUACCAAAUUACUCACCGCCAUGUACGAUCUUGUCGGUGAAACAGAUCGCAAAGGUGAUAAAGAUCCAAAACAUCGCGCUCAGGAAAUUAUCGCCAAGCUUGAUGUUAGUGGUGAUAAGAAAUUAAGCAAACAAGAAUUUAUUGCUGGAUGCAAAAACGAUCCAGUCAUUCGCAAACUUCUUGUUCCAAAUGUUUAA